ACAGAGACAGGGAGGGAGGGAGAGAAACAGAGAAAAGGGAAGAAUAAAUGGGAGACACAGAAGCCCCACAGGCAGAGAAAGAGGAUGGAGAUAGGGAGAGGGCGAAAGGAAGGACAGAUGUGCAGAGACAGAAGGGAGGACAGACGGAAAGAGACACAGAGAGGCAGCAAAAGCAACCAAGAAUGACAGGAGCAGAGAGGAGGAGGGAAAGAGGGAGAGAGAGAGAGACAGAGAGAAAGAGAGAGAAGGGAGGGAGGGAGAGAGGGAGAGAGGGAGCGAGAGAGCGAGAGAGCACGCACAGAGCGAGGAGGAGGCGCAGGAGAGAAGAGGGAGGGAGGCCAGCGAGGGACAGGACAGGGCGGAGAGGCGGAGGGGAGCUAGGGAAAGCCGGGGAGGAGCGAGACUGGCCGAGGGAGGAGGGCGGGCGAGGCGGGAGCGCCGGCCGCCGCCGCCUCCCGGCCUCUUUUGUCCCUUCCCUCCUCUGCGUCAGGCUCCCCUGGCCCGGCCUCCCCCUCCCGCUCCCUCCUCCUCCCCGGGGCUGGAUGGAAUUUUUUCCCCUGGACCUGGGCCAGCUCCGGGGCAGGGGGGAAGCCAGGCCGGACUGGGCUGGGCGGUGGGGAGGGGCCGGGGCGGGGGGCCCCCUGGGGAGGGGGCUGGUCCGACGGCCGCGCCGCCGGCGGGGUCCGGGGAGGGGGAGCCCCGGGCCGCAGAGCCGGGGAGGAGGCGACGGCCGCAGGGAGUCGGGGAGAAGGGAAGGAGGAUGGCGGGGACGGCGGGAGGAAGGGGAGAGGCCGCCGUGCGGCGAAGGCGGGGAGAGGAUGGAGAGCGUUCGGCGGCGGUGGGGCCCGGCCUGCGGGCCCGGGGCGGCGGAGGAGACCCCUUCCCUGCGACGCGGGAGCCGCGGGAGCCACUAUGAUGAGAGAAGCCACCUGCAUGACACCUUCACCCAGAUGGCCCAUGCCCUGCAGGAGCUGGCUGCUGCCCAGGGAUCCUUUGAGACUGCCUUCCCUGAUGCUGCGGAGAAAAUGAAGAAGGUCAUUACACAGCUUAAAGAAGCCCAGGCUUGCAUCCCUCCCUGCGGUCUCCAGGAGUUCGCCCGGCGUUUCCUCUGCAGCGGGUGCUACUCUAGGGUCUGCGACCUCCCGCUGGACUGCCCAGUUCAGGAUGUGACAGUGACUCGGGGCGACCAGGCUAUGUUUUCUUGCAUCGUGAACUUCCAGCUGCCAAAGGAGGAGAUCACCUAUUCCUGGAAGUUCGCAGGAGGAGGUCUCCGGACUCAGGACUUGUCCUAUUUCCGAGAUAUGCCGCGGGCCGAAGGAUACCUGGCGCGGAUCCGGCCGGCUCAGCUCACGCACCGCGGGACGUUCUCCUGCGUGAUCAAGCAAGACCAGCGCCCCCUGGCCCGGCUCUACUUCUUUCUUAACGUCCUCGGGGCCCUCGCAUCAGCGAGUGCGACAGUGUUGGCGUGGUGAGUUCUGGAGACCCCGGAGCCCCAGCAUCUACCUCCCCGCUGUCUCAGAUCCCAGCGAGAAGUCUGGGUUCCCAGCAGCCUCCAACCCAGGAGGUCAGGCUUUCAGUUCCUCCUCUCUCAGACCCACGAGUCCAGGUCCCAGUCCUUCUUUAUUAGCCCAGGAAUCCAAGUCCCCAGUCCCCUCCUCCCUUAGAUCUAAGAGUCCAGGCCCCCAGCCCCUCCUCUCUCAGACCCAGGAGUCCAGGUCCGCAGCCCCUCCUCCCUCAGACCCAGGAUUCCAGGCCCCCAGCCCCUACUCCUUCAGACCCAGGAGUCCAAGUCCCCAGUCCCCUCCUCCCGCAGAUCCAAGAGUCCAAGCCCCCGGACCCCCUCCUCCCUCAGACCCAGGAGUCCAGGCCCCCAACCCCUCCUCCUGCAGACCCAGGAGUCCAGGGCCUCAGCCCCUCCUCCCUCAGAUCCAAGAGUCCAGGCCCCCAGGUUCCUCCUCCCUGAGACCCAGAAGCCCAGGCCCCAGCCCCUCCUCCUUCAGACCUAAGAGUCCAGGCCCCCAGCCCCUCCUCCCUCAGAUCCAGGAGUCCAGGCCCCCAGUCCUUCCACCCGCAGACCCAGAAAUCCAUGAUCCUAGCCCCUCAUCCCUCAGACCCAGGGGUCCAGGACCCCAGCCCCUUCCUCCCUCAGACCCAGGUGUCCAGGACCCCAGCCCCCUCCUCCCUCAGACCCAGGUUUCCAUCCAGGCCUCUGGCCCCUCCUCCCUCAGACCCAGGAAUCCAGGCCCCCAGUCCUUCCACCCGCAGACCCAGAAAUCCAAGCCACCAGCCCCUCCUCCCUAAGACCCAGGAGUCCAGGCCUCCAGCCCCCUCCUCCCUCAGACCCAGGUUUCCAUCCAGGCCCCGGACCCUCCUCCCUCAGACCCGGGAGUCCAGGCCCCAGCCUCUCCUCCCUCAGACCCAGGUUUCCAUCCAGGCCCCUGGCCCCUCCUCCCUCAAACCCAGGAGUUCAGGCCCCCCAGGCCCCUUCCUCCCUCAGACCCAGGAGUUCAGGCCCCCAGGCCCCUUCCUCCCUCAGACCCAGGAGUCCAGGUCCCCAGCCCCUCCUCCCUCAGAUCCAAGAGUCCAGACCCCCAAGUUUCUCUUCCUUCAGACCCAGAAGCCCAGGCCCCAGCCCCUCCUCCCUCAGACCCAAGAGUCCAGGCCCCCUGCCCCCUCCUCCCUCAGACCUAGGAGUCUGGGCUCCCAGCAGCCCCCUCCUCCCUCAGAACCAGGAGUCGGGGCCCCCAUCCCCUCCUCCCUCAGAACCAGGAGUCCGGGCCCUGUCCACCUUUUCGACCCUGGUGUCCAGGCCUCCGUGACCUAGGUUUCUAGUCACCAACCCCUCC